GAAGAAACCGAGUUGGACCUGGCUUAGGCCCUAAGUCAGCCCCAACCUAUAUAUACACACGCAGACGCGUAAAUACAUACACCUUCCUUCGUCAAGAAGAACAUACCGUAUUCUCUCACGAUUUCUCUCUCUCAAUCAAAGUAGAAGACAAGAAGAUCAAAGCAGCUAUGUCAGGAGGAACAGAAGCGUUUCCGGGUUUGGGAAAGCAUUGCCAGAAUCCUGACUGCAAACAGCUCGAUUUUCUCCCCUUCACUUGCGACGGCUGCAAAUUGGUUUUUUGCUUGGAGCAUAGAUCCUACAAAUCCCAUGAUUGCCCGAAAUCAGAUCAAGGAAGCAGAACUGUUCUUGUCUGCGAAGCAUGUUCUGCAGCGAUAGAAACGACAGGUUGUGAUGAAAACAGUGUCAAAUCUCUGCUGGAGAAACAUGAGAGAUCUGGAGAUUGUGACCCGACAAAGAAGAAGAAGCCGACUUGUCCUGUAAGAAGGUGCAGAGAGGUUCUGACAUUCAUGAACAAUGUGACUUGCAAGGAUUGUGGACUCAAGGUCUGUCUGAAGCAUCGGUUCCCGGCUGAUCAUGCCUGUACAAAGAAGGCUGCUUCCAUGGCUAAGACAAUGGUCACGCCUCGUGGCGGGAGAUGGAACGAGAAGUUUCUGGAGGCUUUCGCUUCGAGAGACGGGAAAGCCUGUGGAAGAGAAUCACCUGUUUCUAAGUCUCCAAUGGCAAAUCCAUCUGUUAGAUCUUUUUAAUUCUAUGGUACUAUCUAUUGUAAUGUAACAGUUUGAAUAAACAAUGUGAUCACAACUGAGUAGAGAUUCUGUA